AUGCGAAGCGGUGGACGAAGCAGCCGGUUGUCCGUAGGGUUGGGAAUCCCGAGGAGAGCGAGUGCUGCCCGCCAGGGACCGGCCUGCGUGCUGGGGUCAGGGUGGCACAUCGGCCCGGUCUGGGAACUAUCUUCACAGCAGAAGUUCGAUGAAAUUAAGAAGGCUAAUCAGGCUGCAGCAAAAAAGCUAGUUGAAGACCAAUUUAGCUCCUCAUCUGAAGAUGAUGAUGAAGAUGCUGAAGUAAAACAAGGAAAGAUUUUGGCCAAAACAUUUACCAUUUACACCAGUCAAACUGAUGGAGAUGCAAGUGAGCUGGAACGUACAAGACAGUACAUGAAUGAAGCUUUUCAGUCAGGGGCUAUGACAUGUCUGAUCUGCAUUGCUUCAGUUAAAAGGAACCAAGCUGUCUGGAGCUGCUGUGGAUGCUUUUGUAUAUUUCACCUGGUGUGUAUCCAAAAGUGGGCCAAGGACAGUCUUUUCCUUGUGUCUUCUUUGACAGAUGAUGAUUUUGGAAAGAAAGAUUAUCCCUGGCCAUGUCCAAAAUGUAGGUUUGAGUACAAACGGUCAGAAACUCCUAGUAGGUAUUACUGUUACUGCGGAAAAGUGGAAAAUCCAACACUAGACCCAUGGCUGGUACCUCACUCCUGUGGUCAGACAUGUGAAAGGGAAUUCAAACCUCCUUGUGGCCAUAAGUGUUUGCUGCUUUGUCACCCAGGACCGUGCCCGCCUUGCCCGAAGAUGGUCACAACAACCUGUCACUGUAAGAAAGCCAAACCGGUGCCGCGACGGUGCAGUGCCAAGGAGUGGUCGUGUCGCCUGCCCUGUGGACGAAUGUUGCUGUGCGGGCAGCACACUUGUGAGAAUUCCUGUCACGCAGGAGAUUGUCAGCCUUGCCCGCGAGUCAGUAAACAGCGGUGCGUCUGCGGGAGACAGACGGCGGAGAGGCUUUGUGCAAGUCCGCAGUGGCAGUGUGAUGAGGUGUGUGGGAAACGCUUGCCUUGUGGUAAUCACACAUGUGAACGAGUUUGUCACGCUGGUCCCUGUGGAGACUGUCCUCGUUCUGGGAAAAGGUCCUGUCCAUGUGAAAAAUCAAAGUUUACGUUGCCUUGUACAGAAGAUGUGCCCACGUGUGGUGAUAGUUGUGACAAAGUUCUGGAAUGUGGCAUCCAUAAAUGUUCACAGCGCUGUCACCGAGGUCCCUGUGAAAUAUGCAGGCAGGAAGUUGAAAAACAGUGUCGCUGUGGAAAGCACACUAAACGUAUGCCGUGUCAUAAGCCAUAUCUAUGUGAAACCAAGUGUACUAAAAUUCGUGAUUGCCAAAAGCACCAAUGUAGGAGAAAAUGCUGUUCUGGAAACUGUCCACCAUGUGAUCAAGUCUGUGGGCGAACUCUAGGCUGCAGGAAUCACAAAUGUCCUUCAGGCUGCCACAGAGGUAGUUGUAAUCCAUGUCCAGAGACUGUAGAUGUGAAAUGCAAUUGUGGAAAAACUGUCAUUAAGGUGCCCUGUGGCAGAGAACGCACCAUCAAACCUCCUAAAUGCAAACAGCUCUGCAGCCGACCACCUACCUGUCACCACACUACCCGGGAGAAACACUAUUGUCACUUUGGUCGGUGUCCUCCGUGUCGUCAGUCCUGCCAGAAGACGUUAACGUGUGGUCAUUUGUGCCCCGUUUCUUGCCACGAUGAAGCACUUGUGAAGCAGGCUGGCUUCCAUCAGUCUGCAGGUCCCUGGGAACAGCCGUCCGAGCCAGCUUUUAUUCAAACAGCAUUACCAUGCCCUCCCUGUGAGGUUCCUGUACCAGUGGAGUGUCUUGGGCAGCAUGAGGUUAGUCCAUUACCAUGUCACUCUGCAAAUCCCUACUCGUGUAAAAGAUUUUGUGGGCGACUUCUUGAUUGUCAGAAUCACACCUGUAUGAGAGAAUGCCAUCUUGUUACUAAAUUGGACAGUAGUGCAGAUGGAAAGAAGGCAGGUCCGGAGUGUUCACAGUGUGAAGAGGAGUGUACCAAGCCCCGGCCAUCAGGCUGUCCUCACCCCUGUGUUUUGCCAUGCCAUCCUGGGGAUUGCCCAUCCUGUCUCCAGAUGCUUAAAAUAAAGUGUCACUGCAAACUCUCCAUACUGUAUAUUGAAUGCUUAAAACUAACACGUGCCGAUUUAAAAGAGAAGGAGCUUCUUAUUUCCUGUAAAAAUCAAUGUCCAAAAGAGUUGCCCUGUGGUCACCGGUGUAAAGAGGUUUGCCAUUCAGGAAGCUGUCCUCUGAACUGCAGCCAGAAGGUUAAACUCCGAUGUCUCUGCAAGAGACUGAAAAAGGAAAUACAGUGCAGCAAGAUACAAGAAGGCCAAGUUUCACUGGAAUGUGAUGCAUUAUGCAAGGAAAUGAAACGGAAAGCAUCUGAGAUAAAAGAGGCAGAAGCCAAAGCUGCUAUUGAAGAAGAGAAGCGAAGACAACAGGCUGAACUGGAAGCUUUUGAAAACAGAUUAAGAGGGCGAAGAAAGAAUAAGAGAAGAAAGGAUGAAGUAGAAGUUGAACAAUCAUCAUGGCAAAAAUACAAGAACCUCAUCAUGCUGCCGAUGUUUGGAGUUGCUGUUGUGAUGGUUGCGUGGCUCAUGGUCUAUAACGACUGAAACAACUCAAUAUUUAAUAUACCUCAGUCGGGCUUUAGGUAGCUGUUAUUCUUAGAAUGUUAGUCUGCCUGUCUGUAACAGAACUUAAUGUGCAUAGAUUAUAUACGUAUGCUGUUGGCCAAGAAAAGCGCGGAGGAGGGAAGAAGUGUCACCCUUUGUGUUACUGCAUUCACAGCACAAAACUGAAUUCAGACACUGAAAGUAACAGUAUAUUUUUAGUCUACACGGAAAUGCUGAUGUAGUUUGUCUGACUGAGAUCCGUUAUCAUCUGUUCUAUUAAUAUAUUGUGUUACUUUUGUCU